AUGGAUAUCCGUUCCUUUUUUGGUGGCAAGAAGAAGGCCGUUUCCGCAGCUCCCGAGAAGCCGGAAACGCUUUCUCAGCUUUCUUUUACUGGCGAGCUGAAGACUACCAUCCGCCGGUCUAUAGACAAUCCGGCUGUGUCCCACGGUGUUAAACACGGCGAUUCGAACCCUGCAGCCGCAACUGCGAAACGCGAGGGUGAUGAGGAUGACGAUUCCGCCGUAGCCGGCCGGCGUAAGCGUUUGAAGAGGUUGGUCGACUCAGACGACGAAUCGGAUGAGCCACGCGACCAGCCAGGCGCAGCUGCCGCUCAAUCGCACACGGAAAGCGGUGUUACAGUGCGCAAAUAUCUGAAGGAUGAGCAGGGACGCGCCGCAUUUUCUGCGGCUGAGGGUAGACGCAAGACAAGCGAUGUGCAGCUGGACAUUGACUACUACACAACGAGUAGCAAAAAGUUGGUGAGCCUCUCAGAGAAGGUGACAAAGACACGGAGGCCAAGUGUAGAUCUGGACAGCUAUCUUUGUUCCGUUGGCAUAGGUGAUCCAGCGGGGAAAGCGUCGCCAGUCUCUAUGUUCACUUCUCCGGUCAGGAGUGGACGAACAAAACAAUCACCUAAGCCUGAAGUGGCCAAAGCUGUGGAUGUUAAACCGGAAGUGACGACGAAAUCGGCUCUUACUAAGCCUGAAGCUGGGCAUGUGGAGCCUACACUGUCUUCGAGUUAUGGUGCCUCCGACCUGUUUGGCGACAAUGAAGUGUUUUCAUCAUCGUCCAAUUCCUCUGCUGCAGCAUCUCCUGUACGACGUGCAAAGAAGACUACUACUGUAGAUGCUCCUGUUCCUGAGGGUGAGGUGGACGGUAUGCGGUUCGUAUUCACCGGGGUGUUGGAGGCCAUUGAUCGUGAUGCGGUCCUGCAACUUGUGCGCAAGAUCGGGGGGAUUCCCGUCUCUGGUGUUAGCGGGAAAACGAACUAUUUGGUGUGUGGUGAGAAGUUGGAGGAUGGACGUCCUUAUACAACAGGCACGAAAUACAAGAAGGCCGUUGAACUCAACAAGCAACAGCGCGCCGACAUACGCAUUUUAAAAGAAGCUCAAUUCUUGGAACUGAUUGAAUAUGACAAAGUGAGCCACCGUGUCGCCGAAUCAACCAAGUCGGAGGUCACCAAGGAGAAAACGCCCUCCGCUCCCCUCCCCAAAGAGGUGAACGCGACUGGGCAUAAGCUUCCGUUUUGUGAGAAGUACCGCCCAUCACGCCUUGGCGAUUUGGUUGGUAACGAGAACAACAUCCGCAAGGUAGUGGAGUGGUUACAGUCAUGGUCGCCUGGUUCCGGCCCCGCAUGCGCAUUACUUUCGGGCCCACCCGGAGUUGGCAAGACUACCACCGCAAAACUGGUGGCUGCGGAAUGCGGUUACGAAUGCGUGGAGUUCAAUGCGUCGGACCUGCGCAACAAAUCGGCCGUUGAAAGGAUAUCGAUGCUCGCUACCGGAGGCCAAUCGUUUUCCUUUAAGGGUCAGUGCGAGAUGAAGCGCACGCUCGUGCUGCUAGACGAGGUUGAUGGUAUGGGUGCUGGUGACCGUGGCGGUCUACAGGCAGUCGCAGCUCUGUUACCACGUUCGCUCUGUCCUAUAAUUUGCAUUUGCAACGACCGCCACAAUCAAAAAAUGACCACUCUCGGUAACAAGAGUUUGGACGUUCGUUUUUCGUCUCCUACCCUCGCACAGUUCCGCAACCGUAUGAAGCUCAUUUGCGAUGCGGAGGGCGUUUCCGUGCCGGCUGAAACGGUUGCUCAGCUAUACGAGCAGGGCGGUGGCGACUUCCGCCACGCUUUGAAUGCCAUAGAGUUUAACACGGUGCAUGAGGCCGGCGGGAGUCAGAGGUCGUUGAAUGUGGGCGAUGCCAAAGACAUCGGCCAUACUAAAAACUUGUUUGACGCUGCUGGACGCCUAUUUACCGUGCGUGCCCCGGAAUUAGAGACCAGGUUACGCGAUAUGGAGCAAUACUUCUUCAUUGACUACAACAUGAUGCCACUUAUGGUGCAGGAGAACUACUUGAAAUAUCUUCCGCCUCACCGCGGCGCCCUUCCGAAUCUACAAAAAUUGUCGCGUACGUUUGUUGAAGCCGACAUGGUGGAGGAGUUUUUGAAACGCCGACAGGCAUUUACCCUUCUCCCCGACUUGGCAGCCUUGUCGAGCAUUAUACCAGCGAUGACCAUCGUGUCGUCUGGGGGCACAUGCCGUGAGCGCCUGAUGUUCCCGCAGUUUUUAGGUCGCUUCUCCACAACGUCGAAGAAUCGGAAUUUCUUGAGUGAGAUCGGAAAGCAUUUGGGUACGCGUUCUCUCGUGCGUUCUCACCCCCUUGUGACUGAGGGCUACCUUAACAUAAUGUACAUAAGGAUCAUGAAGGAGCUCGCUGAAGGUGACAUCGAGGCCACUGCCGCACUGAUUGAGUCGUACGGUCUUAACCGCGACCUGGUGGUGGAUGCGCUAUGUUCCCUGCGGUUGAAGUCGCAGGAGAACCUCUACGACAAGGUUGAAACCCGUAAGAAAACGGCCUUGACCAAGCGCCUUAACGAGCAGAGCGUGCGGGUGGCACCUACAAAACGUAAGAAGGAGACAGUAGACCGCAUUGUGGACGAGGAAGAGGCAGAGCCCCCCGUAGCAUCGGAUUCCGAAUCUUCCUCAAGCGAGGGCGAACUUAUCAAAAAGAACCAGAAGCCCGCUAAGAAGCGUGCCACUGCUAAAGCAGCUCCUCGUGGCAAGAAGUGA